ACUGCUCUGUAGGACCUGAGAUCAGCAUCGCGAUUUUAUUACGGCGUGACUCGAUCGCAUUCAGGUUCAACGCAGAGAAGAGCUCGAGCGUCACCGAGUCGAGACCCGUGGACCGGGGCGGGCUUACGCUGCGACGCACGGUGCGGUCGCUCGCUCGGGCUGGGAACUCGAUUAUGUGCGCAUCAUCAUCCCCGCUUCAGCGGCAGCAUCGCUCCCCUCCAUCCACGCUCCACACUAGAGUCUCACUUGCUGUCGCCUGCAGCCUCCUCGGUGCCUGUGUAUUUGAGUGCUGCUGCUGCUGAGGAGGGGACCGGACACCUGUGCUGCGCUAGCAUCGCCGCAGAGCGCGUCCAUACAUUGGGUGUACACUGCCUCUGACCGCUGUUAUGGCGCAAGCAGUCGCCCCGUCCGGUGCGUUAGCAGGUGAAAAGAUGACAUCACCAUCCAUCAGUCUCCUUCCUGAAAAGAGAUCUCCGACGAACGGUCACAGCUCUCCAGCUCGGACUGGAAAAAUUAUACUGCAGCUCAUCACUGUGGAGCUGACGUUUUCCAUCGUCAUACCAAGCUUCUGUGUCGUGCUUAUUCCAGCUCCAUCCAACACCGAGAAGAGGCCCCUCAUCAAUGGACAUGCAUCACCGUCACACCUAACAACCAACGUCAGCAACAACCAUGCAGGUAAACAAAUUCUGGAGGGCUACAUGAAGACAGACGACAGGAUGCGCUUAGCCAAAGAGAGGCGCGAGGAGCGAGAGAGGAGUCUGGCGGCUAGAGAGCAGCUGAUCAAGGAGAAGGAGCGCAGAGCUCGGCUGCAGUACGAACGCACGGUGGAGGAGCGCUGGAGGCGUCUGGAGGAGCAGCGGCAGAAGGAGGAGCUCCGCAGGGCUGCGGUGGAGGAGAAGAGGAGGCAGCAGCUGGAGGAGGAGCGGGAGCGACUGGAGGCCCUGAUGAAACGCUCCCUGGAGCGAAGCCUCCAGCUGGAGCAGAGGGGGAAGCGCUGGAGCCGGGGCUGCGCUGCAGGAGCCGGUGACAGUGAGAACCCCCCACUCCCUUUCUCUGCUGCCUCCGUCUUUUUCCAUGGCAUUGCUUCCCCCCUUCCUGCUGUCAGCGAAUCCGCGCCCUGCAGCCCCCACAGGUCACCUUUCCGCGGCGCGCUGAACCCAGCGGAUCACAACCGAGCCGGGCUCCAGGGGGGCUCCCAGUCCACCCCCAACACCCCCAAGAAAGAGCGGCUACGCAGAGAGAGGAGAACCGCGUCCCCUGGUUACGGAUCCCCAGUUAGACGACCUGAAUCCCCUGCUAGUGUCGCGAGGCACCUAGCUUCGCCCACUGCCUCCAAGCUGGCAGCGAGCGUGCGCGCCCAGUCGCCCGGCAACCCGCGCCAGCACCACUGCUCGCCGACGAGGCUCCACUCGCACCUGUCGAGGGACGAGAAGAAGGCGGAACAGCCCAGGGCCGAGGCCGCGGCGCGGAAGAGCGCCAGCGCCAACAGCACGAACCCGGCGUCGCGCGGCGAGAAGAAUGACGUCGGCAGAACCAGGUCGCAGGAUAAGAACCAGUCCCCUGACGGAAAGGCCAGAAUUCAGGAAGGAGACAAGAAAAUAGGUGAGCUCCGAGGCCAUGAAGCGCUCGUGAGCUCACCGGCAGCAGGGAAAGCGGCCGCUGGCACAACUAAUGCGGAGGAGGCCACCAGGCUGCUGGCAGAGCGCCGGCGUCAGGCCCGGGCUCAGAAAGAGCUGGAGGAGAAGCAACGAGAGCGAGACGAGGAGAAGAGGCUGAGGGAGGAGCAGCUGAAGAAACAGCAGGAGCGGCAGCAGCAGCGCGACUCGGAGCGACAGCGAGCAAAGGAGGAGGAGAGGAAGGAGCAGGAGGCGCAAAGGGUGAAGCAGGAGGAGGACAAACGCAGGAGGGAGGAGCAGGAGAAGGAGCUACAGGACCACGUCAACAAAGAGAGAGAAAAGGCCAAAGUCCAGGCUCAGGAAGACGCAGAACGCCAUCGGCAAGACAGGGAGCUGCAGACGCAGCAGGAGGAGGAGGAGCGGCAGAUCAGGAAAAAGAGGAUCGAAGAGAUCAUGAAGAGAACCAGGAAGUGUGAAUCUGAUUUGAAGAAGGAGGAGGAGGAGGCGGAGCCCAGGUCCGUCUCGGCACCAGGGGAAGUAAAGAUUGUUGAAACUCAUGCUAACGUGAACGAACAAGUAUCCAAACAGAAAGAGGUUCAGGUCAAAGGUCAAGUCACGGUUCAGUGCACGAAGGAAUGUGAGGUUGUAAAGACAGGAGCAGCUGCAGCGCACACGGCCCUUCAGAAGAGUACGUCAGCUAAAAACAACACUCCAGGUCCAGUGAAAAGACUUGAGCACAUCAGUGAGGAGCACAGCAGCCAACAUAACAAGGAAACCAAAGCCUGCGGUGUGAAGCGACAGGAAAGAGAGGUGGCGGUGGACGUAAGCCAGCAGCACAGAGCAAAUGGUAAAAUCACAGACCCGAAAAAUAAGGAGCCAGAGCCCAAACUGGGAGCUAUGAUGAAUGGAGCAGUGAAGGGUGGAGAUAGUGCCUUGAUGAAUAAUAAUCUCAGUUGCAAACAAAGCCUACAUGUGUCCACGUGUGAGGGAAAGGCUAAAGUGGAGGUGAUAAGAGCCACCGUCACAUCGCUACCUGUGGGACACACGUCGCCGCCAAUCAUCAAGCUGGAGCCUCUGGAUGUGAAGGGGUCGUGUGAUGAGGUGCAGUCCAUGGAGGUCAGUCCGGCUUCUAGAGAGGAACUUAUAUCAAUCCCAGAAUUUUCUCCAGUUAAUGAAUUCCACCUCGGCACCGUGAGCAACACGCGAGCCCUUGAAGACCUGAUGGACCUGACGGGUAGCGUCACCGGCCCCAAACUCUCCUCUGAAGGCGUCAUCGGCGACUGCAACAAGAACCUCAUCGAGGGCGUUGUCAGUCCCACGUCGGACUCAAAGCUCAUCGGAGUGUCGCCUCCAUCCUCAAAUAAACUUAGCAUCCAGUAGUGCUGCUUCCCGCCUCACUCUUCCUGUCUCGCUUGCCCCCUCUCUCCGUCUUCUUUCCCCCCAUUACCUUAAGACUCACAGGAAGUCACUUGUGGUCCAUGUGGCCCUGCGUCAAUGCAUUUAUGGGAAUAGAGCCAUACAGACUGACUCACAAACCGUAAACCGUGACUUUAAAUGUUACACACGGGCGUUUAAUUUAAUCAACCGCGUUUGUGCAAGAGAAGCAUAAAAAAGGUAACAUCAGUGUUUCAAAUAUAGAAACUUAGAAAACUUGGUAAGAAUGCAUCACUUCCCAUGCAGACUCCUCACCAGGUCCAAGCUCAGCCCCAUUACGGUAAAAACCUGCUCAGAGCAUUGAUUGCAUUUCUACCCUGCACGUAGCCAGGAUUGAUUGUCACUUUUCAAUGGACUUGUGGCGAAUUCAAAUCCAGCCGUACAAACCCACUAAUGUCCCUAAUAUGGUUGAUUGCUAAUGAAGAUUUCCUUCUCCUGGAAAUGACAGUUAUUCUGUUUUAUAUCUAACUGCAUGUGAGUGAGAAGAGCGAGUCAACACAACAUUAAAUUGCAUUGACAACGUGUCCUGUAGCACUAAUUAAAGCGAUGCGUUUCCAGUGAUAAAAUGAAUGACACCUGAGCGAGUCUGUGUCAUUUCAAACAGCUUCUGUGGGUGUUCCCUGCUGCGUAGGGUUCAGCGGACCUGUUCUCAUACACGCUUUUAUCUAACAGGCACAGACUGACGUGAACUGGUCUUCAAGAUGCUCUGUUUUGUGUGAGGAGUGGACUGUGUGGUCCUGUGUAGAAGUUCCCUGUGUCUUUGUCAUGUCUUUGUGUAAUUUCUGUAGCGAUGCCUUAUAAUAGACGAGUUGAUUUAUUUCUAUGCAGAACCCUGUAGUCUUCUUGUUGUGUUUGCUCGUCCUUUCUGUUGGGCCACAGGGAUUGUUACUGUAUGCGUGACCUGGAAUACUUGAACCGCGCUUUGAAUUGCAUUGUGCCCGCCGUGCUACAGGCAACUAUGUCAACAGCUCUUAAAGCAUUAGCGUUGAUUAUCUACAACAGUAUUUGAAAGUUAUGGACUUGCCAUUUAUUCAUAUGCACAUCCAAAUAGUCAUGUUGCACUGGUAUCAAAGUAGCUUUUUGGUAAAUAAGACUGGGUCAACAGAAGAGCAAUCGGUAGAGAGAAACAAGCACUGCAUAAAAUAAUAGGGCCUGUUAACAGUCAUCCUAACCCUUCAGAUGACCGAACGCUGUGCAUGGUAGCAUGAUCAUAAUGUUAGGUCCAUCUGAAACAAUAAAAUAUGGAACACAG